UCUUCGUCUCUUUUUCCAUUCAGCUCACUACACUAAACUUUCCCCCAUUUAAUCAAUAUUUCAUUUCAUUCCAUUUGAUCCUUAAAUCAUACAUUCCAUUCAAUGGCUUCUAUUUCAUCAGUUCCAAAAAGCUUCAAGUACGAUGUCUUCUUAAGUUUCAGGGGUGAAGACACCCGCAAAACCUUUGUUGAUCAUCUCUAUCAUGCUCUUGUGAAUAAAGGCAUUAUUACUUACAAAGAUGAUGAAACAAUCGACAAAGGUGAAAGGAUCAAGGAGCAGCUCAUGAGAUCCAUACAAGACUCGAGAUUUUACAUAAUUGUAUUCUCCAAGAACUAUGCGUCUUCAUCGUGGUGCUUAGACGAGCUGGUGGAGAUUAUCAAGUGCCAGAAGACAGCCGAGCAUACUGCUUACCCCGUCUUCUAUGAUGUGGAACCCACCGAAGUGCGCCACCAAAGUGGGGCAUUUGGGGAAACCUUUGCAAAACUUGUUGCUAAACAUGAAAAGGGCCGCGGGAUGUUCUCCUUCUUUAAGCUGUUCACAAGGAAGAGGAAGAGGACGUCGGAUCUGGAAAAGCAAGAGGAUGUUGGGAGAUGGAGAUAUGCUCUAAAUGAAGCAGCAGGGCUGGCUGGGAUGGAGUUGAAGAACACUGUUAAUGGCCAUGAAGCAAGAUUCAUCCAACAAAUUGUUAAAGAGGUUGCGCAAAAGCUACAUUUCUUUAAUACAAGCAUCGAUGGAAAAUUAGUAGGGAUGGAAACCCGGGUAACGGACAUGGUUUCAUCUUUAGAAAUUGAUUCUGAUGAUGUUCGUAUGAUAGGGAUCAAGGGGAUAGGAGGUGGUGGGAAGACCACUUUGGCGAGAGCUGUUUUUGAUUAUAUAUCGACCGGGUUUGAAGGUAAAAGCUUUGUCGAAAAUGUAAGAGAAGUUUCAAAAGCCUCGGGUUUGAAGGAGUUGCAAAGACACGCCCUUUCAACUGUGUUAAAUGAUCAAAGCAUUGUUGUACCAAGUGUUUCAGACGGAAAAAAUAUGAUGAAAAAGAUGAUGGGUAAUCGAAAGAUUCUUCUAGUUCUAGAUGAUGUGGAUGAUAUAGGGCAGCUGGAAGCGUUAGCAGGUGAGCCUACUUGGUUUAAGACGGGAAGUAGAAUCAUCAUCACAACAAGAGAUGAGCAAGUGUUGAAGGCGCAUCGAGUGAACUUUAUUCAUGAUGUCAAUCUGUUAUCUGAUGGCGAAGCUAUUUGCCUCUUCAGUAGGUAUGCAUUUGGGAGAGAGAUUCCAAAUCAGGGGUAUGAAGAGCUAUCAAGAAUGGUUAUACAUUAUGCUGCUGGACUUCCAUUAACAGUUAAAGUUUUGGGUUCAUUUCUUUGUGAUAGAAUUAAGAGUGAAUGGGCAGAUGCCAUCAGAAGAUUGAAAACAAUUCCUCUUAAAGAAACACUGGAAAAAUUGGAAUUAAGCUUUAGUGGUCUAGAGAAUGAUCAAAAAGAAAUAUUUAUGGAUAUUGCUUGCAUACUCAAAGGUAAAAGGAAGAAGGAAGCAAUCAGAAUACUUGAAAGUCGUGGAUUUCAUGCUCAGAUCGGUCUAAGAGUUCUUGUACAAAAAUCCUUGAUAACUUUUUCUAAGGUUGAACUCUAUGAUGAAGAUGAUGUUGAGAAGUUGUUUAUGCAUGACCAUCUAGAAGAAAUGGGCAGGAAUAUCGUUCGGCGUUUGCAUCCUGAUGAGCCUAGUAGACAUAGUCGAUUAUGGAUUAAAGAGGAAAUUGAAGAUAUAUUGGUUAAUGAAUUGGGUAAUCAAGAAACAAAAUGUAUAAAACUCGAGGAUACAGAUCUCAAUCCAGCAAUUAUUAUGAAAGGUCUUGGAAAGAUGAAGGACCUCAGAUUUCUUUACGUGAACCCUGGUAAUUUCAAAAGGGAAGUUGUCGAUGAUGUUAGCCAAUACUUACCAGACUCAUUACAAUCACUAUGUUGGCGUGGAUACCCUUUUUGUUGUUUACCUAAAACAUUUCGAGCAAAUAAGCUUGUUAACCUUGAAAUGGCAAGGAGCAAUAUCUCUCAACUCUGGGAAGGGGGAGAAAGAAAGGUUUUUAAUAAGCUUAGAUUCCUUGACCUCUCCUAUUCAAAGUUGAGAACCUUUGACCUUACGGUGACUCCACAUCUCAAGCAUUUAAAUUUCCAAGGAUGUAAGGACUUUGUAGAACUCCAUAUGCCGGUUGAAUGUUCGAACCUUAAGUUCCUCAACCUCAGUCGUACUAAGGUGAGUAACCUUAACGUUGGGAUGAUCCCAUAUCUCAAGCAUUUAGAUCUCGGAGAAUGUUUUGACUUUGUAGAACUACAAAUGCCGGUUGAAUGUCUGAACCUCAAAAUCCUCCAUCUCAGUCUUUCUAAGGUGAGUAACCUUAACCUUGGGAUGACUCCACAUCUCGAGAAGUUAGAUCUUAGAGGAUGUGCUGACUUUGUAGAACUCCACAUGCCCGUUGAAUGUCCAAACCUCAAAAUGCUCAUGCUCUAUAUGACUAAGGUGGGUAACCUGAACCUCGGGAUGACCCCAAAUCUUGAGAAGUUAGAUCUUGAUGCAUGUAAUGAGUUCGAACUCCACAUGCCGGUUGAAUGUCCAAAUCUCAUACACCUUAAAAUCAGGGGUUCUAAGGUGAGUAACCUUAACCUUGAGCUGAUUCCAAAUCUUGAGAUAUUAGAUCUUUCAAAAUGUUAUUGUCUGCUAGAAAUUCAUGCUCCAGUUGGAUGUCUAGAAAAGCUUGUCUACUUUAGCUUAGACACUCACUCAAAUUUUAAAACUUUUAUGUAUUACUCACCGAAGAACCAAGCUACAUCAAAUAUAAUGGCACAAUGCAUACAUAUAUGCCCACUGCACCCCAAUAAUAAAUUGCCAAAGUUUGGGUUUGAAUUGGAAACAGAUGAACCUGUAUCCUCAUGGAUGGGAAAUCUUUUCAAGCUUAUUUAUUCUGGUCUAUGCCCUUGCAAAAACCUCGAAUGUUGGUCUGCAACUAUUUGUGGUUUACAACAUUUAAGAGAGCUUGAACUUAAAGGCAGUAUUCCUGGGAGUAUUUCUAGGGAUCUGUGGCAGUUAGAAAGUCUAGAGAAGCUUUCAUUGAGGGAGGUAGAGAUUCAGCAUCUUCCGGAUAGCAUUUAUAUGUUGAAACAUCUGAAAUCACUGGAAAUUAGGAAUUGUCAGGAUAUGGAGCAGUUACCAGAAGAUAUAUGCAGAUUAGAGUGUUAGAGGAGUUAGAGCUAUGCUAUUGCAAAUCCUUACGAGAUAUUCCAAAUAGCAUAUGUAAGAUGAAAUGUUUAAAACACUUACUUCUUGAUAGUUGUUAUAACGUUAAGAAAUUGCCCGAGAAACUUGAAUGUUUAGAAUGUUUAGAGAAGUUAGACCUAAAAAAAUGUACAUCCUUACGAGAUAUUCCAAACAACAUAUGUAAGAUGAAAUGUUUAAAAUAUUUAAAUCUCUUUGGUUGUGAUAAA